CGCAUCCUCCCUCCCUCCCCACCGCCUACUGCUGCAGCCUUUCUCCCUCCAUCCCUUCAUCCUCUCCCCCUCCCACCCUGCAUCGCGCCCCCUGCGUCUCUCCCUCCUGCAUCCCUCCCUCCUUCAUCCUUCCCUCCUGCAUCCCUCCCUCCUGCAUCCCUCCUCCUGCAUCCCUCCCUCCUCCCCUCCCUCCUUCCCUCCCUCUCCCGGCGCAGAGCCGCGGACAUGGCGCUCAGCAAUUUCCUCUUCGCUCAGUGCAUCUGCUACUUCCUGGCCUUCCUCUUCAGCUUCAUCGUGGUGGUGCCUCUCUCCGAGAAUGGCAACGACUUCCACGGCCGGUGCCUGCUCUUCACCGAGGGCAUGUGGCUCAACGCCAACCUGACAGUGGAGCGGCAGCGCUUCACCGUGCAGGAGUGGGGGCCCGAGGCCGCCUGCCGCUUCAGCAUCUUCACCGGGCUCCUCUCCCUGCUGCUGGCCACAGUGCAGGCCUGGAGGACCCUCUUCUUCCUCUGCAAAGGGCACGAGGACUCUUUCUUUUACGCCUUCCUGAAUCUGCUGAUCAGCGCCUUUGUGGUGUUCAUCACAUUUAUUGCUAGCACUAUAGUGAGUGUAGGAUUUAACAUGUGGUGUGAUGCAAUUACCGAGAAAGGAAGCAUGCCAAAUAGCUGUGAAGAAUUGCAGGAUAUAGAUCUUGAACUGAACUUGGAAAACUCUGCUUUCUAUGACCAGUUUGCUAUUGCACAGUUUGGUCUCUGGGCUGCCUGGCUGACUUGGCUGGCAAUUACCAUUCUGGCUUUCCUGAAGGUUUAUCACAACUACAGACAGGAGGACCUGCUAGAUAGCCUGAUCCAUGAGAAGGAGCUGUUGCUAGGAAGAUCCGCUUCACGAUCCUCUUUGCAAGAUGAGAAAAGUGGCAUGAUCUAAAGUGUAAGCAGAUUUCUAGGGCAGGAUCUAGAUUUUAUUAUUCAGUAGGGUAAGCUGAAGUUGAGUCAGGGUGUUGAGUGUGUGAGAUCUUUCCUGAAAAGAGAUGCACUUGUGAAUCACCCACUCCCUCCAUGAGAAUUUUUUGGUAGAAAUACUUGUAUUAGGAUACAGAGAAUGAACUGCCCCAUGUGCCUUUGGCACAGCAAACUUUCUGUCCUAUGCAGGCACAAUCUGUAACCUGCUCUUGCUAACAGAGUUUCUACAUGUCAUUACUGGCUUUUGGGACAGGGGCCAUUUUUGAGGACUGAGCUGGCAAGACCAGGCUACAGCAUUAAGGCUAUUUCUUCAAACAGCUCUUCUCUCUCUCUCCUCCCUUUUGCCAGUAAAGCUGCCCCUGUUCUCUCUUUAUUCUGGUAAUUGCAGUUCUGGUCUGGGUACAGACUCUUGCUGUCUCUGCUUUUGCUAUGUAUGGACACAGUGCUGACAAACAUGAUGCUCCUGCUCUGAUUCUGUUUUGAACAUAGAGACCUGUGUUCCAGACUUGAUAUUUAAUAUUGGACAGUGUUAAUGAAUUCCAUGAAACUGCUUUAGUAUUACAGUGUCUGUCAAAAACCUGUGUAUAAUUUGGAGGGAUGGUGUAGAACUUCUGUGGUUUUGUUUCUUCUUAGAUUUUGGCAUGACCAGCAUUUAUUAUGACUCCUGAAGUGAAGUGUAGCUAGCAAUUGCUGAAGCUUGCAUACUAAGAAAUUAAGCUGAAUAGGUAGUAUUAAUGCUUGUGCAUUUAUAAAUGUAACUUGGUUCCUAACUCUGUAUACUAUUCUUUUUUGAGUAUUAGAAUUUAUUUGUGAUAUUUAUUUCGUAAAGGGUAUGCAAAAUUACUGUAAGCAUUUGCAUUGUAGGUAUCUCUAUAUAUCUAUACACAUAGCAAGGAGUUCAAACAGCUAUUUUAUGAGUAGUUCAGUGCUGAAUUAAUCCAUUCUCCCCACUUAUGGGCAGGAGUUCCAGGGCAGAUGAAUUUUGCUGUGAAAUGGAAAAAGAAUUGUUAUUUGCACAAAGCUCACUAGUGACUGUGUAGUUGCUUUCAGUUUUGAUUGGCCAGUGCUCCAAUAAAUAAAGUGGAUGGUUGAUGGUUGAAAUGAGAGGUAGAUCCAAGAAUUAAGAAGAGUCACUCAGAGGAGUAUGAGAUUUGUAUGGCAGAGAAGUAAAGUUGUCCUAGAACUAAGCAUUUAUCCAAGUCAGCAGAAAACCAAACAGCUAAGUCUGGAUUGAAUAAGAUUUUUUUGGGAGUACACUGACACUGUCUGUGACAUCUGUGUUUGAGCUGAGACUGAAUUUAUUACAACAGAAGUGCAAAUCAUACACCAUUAUAGGACCUAGUAAAUUGGAAAGAGAGGAGAGAAGAUAGGCUUCUACCACAUCAGAGCACAAGCCUGGCGUUAGCACAACCAUGCAGAUUUACUGUUGUCUUCUGGGGACUCUGAUGCUUAGCUAAGCACCAUCUUAAGCAUUUGAUUGAAACAGAAUUUGAUGUCAAAACAAAUCCCUGAAUUAGUAAGCAUUUUAGGGCAUAAAAUCUGACAUUGUAUUUAACCGUCAAAAUGUUCUCAUAGGUUUAGAAAAAAAAAAAGCUCCAGAGGCUCUAAGGAGUGAGCCAGCCCUGUGAACAUCCCUUAUAGCCCCAGCUGGUCACAGCUCUAUGUAGAGAGGUCUUGUUUUUCAGCAUGAUUUCCACCCACAAGGGAAUGCAGUUCCUUUGAAAGCUUUACAGCGGUGGCUUUUUUGUAGUUGUGAAUUGACAUCAAAGGAGGAGUUCAUGAAGAGGGAAUCAGAGAUCAAGUUAGUUAACAGCAAUUUAAAAUUCAGGCAUCAGGAUUGUUGGAGUGCCUUUUUUAGUCAUUCGGUCUGAUAGACUGGAUAUUAGAAAAGAAUGUCUUCACUGAAGGGGUUGUCAAACGUUAGAACAGGCUGUCCAGGAAAGCUAUUGAGUCACCAUCCCUGGAGGUAUUUAAAAGACAUGUAAAUGUGGCACUUAGUGACAGCUUAUUGGUGGCCUUGGCAGUGCUGGAUUAGUGGUUGAAUUGGAUGAUUUUAGAGGUCUUUUCCAGCCUAAACAAUUCUAUGAUUCUAAUAAGGGACACACUCUUGGAAGCACCAAAGCCCAUUGCCAGGGAAUGACCCUCCUCUUCAUAUCCUAAAGAAGAGCUUGGAUCUUGAAAGUUAGUCUGUCUCCUAUGCUACCCCAGUUAUUUCUCCAGCUAGAGAGUCUCACUUUGAUUCAGCAGUGGUGUCUCUUCCCACAAAUUACUUCUGUGCAUGCCUUAAUCCUCAUGUGGAACCAUGCUGCUGUUUUGUAUAAUGUAUUUUAUGUACAUGCCAAACCAGACUUAGGCUGAAGUAACAUGUGGUUUGGUACCACUGCUCCUGGUCUAGUCUGAGGUUUUUAAGAACCAGGAGGCAGAAGACAGCGAGUGUCUCCUCAUCAUCCUUGCUCUGAGGUAGCAGGACUCAAGCCUUGUCUGGCUCUGAGGCAGAUGAUGUUGCUCGAAAGUGAGGUUGUCUGAAGCUCAUAGUCUCUUCUAUCUCUCCCAUCUGAAAGCCUUUUUCCUCCUUUCCAAUUCCAUGAGAAGCAGCUAACACUGGUCCUGGGAUUAGAGUUGCCAUGCAAACUGAAAAAAGCUGAGGCUGUUCUUUGAGUCCCUUGUGAAUCUCAGCCUGUUUUCCCCAGCUUUCUUCACUAGACCAGGUGAGGUGAGGCUGGCACCCAGUUUUCAAGAAUCAGUGAUGCUUAAAAGCAAAGCUAUUUUCGAUGGAAGCCCCUGCCUCAGUCAGAAGGCAGAACAUGUAGUGAGAAACUCUCUAGCUGACUCGAGGGGAGAAAGGGUAUCCUGCAACUCCCUGUAAUUGAACCCACUUGGGCUUUUUUAUUUGUACUUACUUUCCUGCAACCUCUUCUCCUAAAGCUUGGACACUCAGGCCAACUUGGUGAUGCCAGGCUGAAAAUGUGUUAAAGUUGUGAUAUAAUUUAUACACACAUACCUACAUACCUGUGCUCUUUCUCACACACUUCUCUCUGUUGUACAUUUCUGACCUGUGCUUUUAGUGAUCCAUUGCCAACCUGCACAGUGUGUGGCUGCAGUAGGAGUUUCUCUGAGUCGAAUGUUGCAUUUCUGUGAUAUUUCAAUACCUUCAAUUUGCCGUCUCCAGAAGCAGGCCUCUGGGAACACUCUAGCAAGAGCCGUGUUCAAAGAACUAGAACCCUGCAUGGUGCUUAUACUUGCAUUUCUUUAUUGUCACAUGGUGGAAAGGGAAAAAGCUUUGUGGCCUUUGCCCGUGCAGCCCCUCCUGCUGCUGUCCUUUGAAAAGAUGUGACCUGUUCUGGUGGAGAAUGUGCAGUGCAGCUGUUUAGUCACUGUGUUCCCUGUGAUGCCAAAACCACAGUCAAAAGGUCUUUAUUUUGGCCUGUGAAAAUUGCUAGUAACCCAGGGAGAGCUUCACGUCCUUGAAUACAGCUGGAUGCUGCUUUCUGAGGCACCAGGGUGUUGCCACACAAUUAUUCUGUUGUAUCAGAUAUAUUCCCUGGCUACCAUCUGUGGUUAAUUUCCCCACCAAUUCCCUGCCAGCAGUCCACAUUGGGCUAGAAAAAUCUAAGCUAACAAGUGUCAUAUGAGCUUUUAGAUCAAUGCUGUUUAUUACUAUUUUUAUAAUAGAGUAGCAACUGAAGCCAUUUUUUUGGAAACGAAUUUCCUCAUGAGGGCAUGAACACUCAUAACGUCUUAUCCUAGUAAUUCAUGAGGCAUCUCCCAGCUGGGAACUUUCAGUAGGAAUCACAAAAAUAAGAGCAUGAUGAUUUAUUGUAAAAACUGAAAGACAUGCUAUGGCAGCGAUUAUAUGGUCUCUUAAAAAAGGGGGUGUUAUAAUAACCAGUGAUGAUGGAUGACUUAGUGUACAGGCCUUCAAUUCAGUAUCAGGGAGUGGAUGUAUGUGUGUUAGUACAAUGUACACAGAUAAAUGCCAGAAAUAAUUCCACUGUUCUUCUGUGAUGUGCAUAUAGGUUCUUCUCUUAACUGGCAGCUUAGGCUGGAGUAGUUGUUAGGAGUCCUUAACUUUCUACACUUCAUUUUACUUACUUAGUACUGGGACUUGUGCAAUAAUACAUGGGUUAUGAUGCCUAGAAGUGGAUGCGACGUGAGCGGAAUAGGAAAGCACUGGCCAGUGCACAACACCCAAAGCGCUGAAAUGGGUUUCUAAGGAGGGUUUGCAGGUGUUUUAACUCCUCCUCUAUAUCUGGGUAAUGUCCUGAUGUUAGUCUGGGCUACCUGUUGGUCCAACCUCAUUUGUCAGCACCUCACACAGCUUAGUCCUUGGGCUGAUGGUUGGAGAACAUCUCUCAAAAAUGGGGGAUGUGCAUAGGAGUCUCUUCAGGCCGAUCUGGGUGCAGAACAUGGGGUCACCUUGCUGGGGAAGCGUGAGCCACAGGCCAUUGUGUGGGCUUUAUUUGGGAAAUGGGAUUUCUGCACAGCUUCAACAUUGAUCUAUGGUGGGUCUCAGAAAACACAAUAUCAAAUGAGCAAAUUUAAAAUGGAUGCCAGCUGCAAAAUACACACAAACCUGGCAUUGGGUGAAUGUGACUUUUCUAAUUUGCAUUCUCCAAAGCUCUCCCAAACAUAUUGCAUGUGAAAUCACUUUUACCAUUUAAAUUAUAACUCUAAGGAAAUCCAGAUAGUAAUUUAUACUGGCAACAUUUACAGUAAUUUAUGACACUAAUCUGGAUUCUGAGAAAACUUUUGUCUUUUCUUCUAUGUCAAUGGCCUGAGUGUGAAUAUCCUUGAGCUAAUGUGAAUCCUGCCUGUGUCUAGAUCCUAAAUUUGUGCCUCAAACCAUUUCCUUUGCUCAUGGAAAUAGCCCAUUUUUAUCUCAUUGGAAUGUUUGCUUUGGAGACCACAAAUGUCCUUUCCUUCUGCUCAUCAGUCUGGGAAGAGAGGAAGGUUUUACCUGCAGUGACAAAAUGCUCGUAUAGCUUCAUAAACACAGAAAUUAUUUUAGAACUAUUUCUGUUCAUGGUACUAAUGCCUUGAAGUGCAUGUUUUUAUUUUUGUCCUCCAUAAGAAAGAAGAAAACUAUCCUGAGUUGUAUUUAGGAUGAGAUACACACCUAGGUUUUUUUAAUAUUUGUGGUUUUUUUUGAAACGACAAAUUCCAAUCAGUAAUUUAUGAAGAUAACAACUGCAGAGAAGACAGCACUUUGAUGCUCUCCUGACAUAGAAGGGAGCUGCACUCUCGCAGAAAACUUAACAUUUGCUUCUGAGAGGUUAGUAUAGAAUUUACUUAAUAUAUUGCAAGGACUACUUAUUUCAGUGCAGGCACAUAAAGGAUACAGUCUUUCCAUUCUGUUGUUGGGAAGAGUAUUUACAUAGCAAUGCUUUCUCUUUUGUUUAUUUUGUCUGUGCCAAAGAGUGUAAUUGAACUGCUACUGCAAACAUAGAUUAACUUGAAUGUAUUCACCUGAGUGCUUCAACUUCUCUACCUCUCAUUGCUACUAUAACUGCUUGAACUGUUAUUGCACACAACAGUGAAAAGAACUGAAUCCAUAUGAGACUUUAAAUCCUAUUUCCAUAGAUAGCUGAAGGAUUUAGGAUUUAAUGUUUAUUAGCUUCCUGUCAGAUCCUCAUUCCCAAAAAAUGGGCAUAGGCACCCAAGAGGGGUGGUGUGAAUAGCCCUUGGCGUUGGUCAAAUAAUGAUUUUAUUUUGGUUUGUGAGUUUUUAAUUUUUUUUUUUUCACUGAAAUAAAAAGCCAACAACUGCGAUUUGUUAGACAUGAAAGGUUAUCCUGGAUCCCCCUCAAAUCCCCCUGUUGGAGCUCUUCUAUUUGGCUUGAAAUUCCUAAACAACGUUUUAGCCUUGUGGUUCUGGUGUUUAUCAAGGAGAUAAGGUACUUGGCAGCAAGAGCUGCUCACUGAAAUAGCUUGAAUUGUUUGUAUGUGGUGGAAACCCAAUGUGAGAAGUUUUUGUUCUCCCUUUCCACUUGACUGUGUUGUAAAGGGAGGGUUGAGACAACCUGCCAGGAGGUGAGAAUGAUGAUUUGUAAUUACUGUUGACAUCUUGGGUGAUUUCUCACACAAGUGAGUAAACAGUCCUGUGACAAAAGUACUCUUAAUCUCCUCCUUACUUUCCCCUUGUUUCCCCCAGAUUUGAACAAGUUUGACUCCAGUCUGUAUACAGUUCUGAAGGGUAUUUAUGAAUGUGAGAAAAAUUGCAGUCUCUGUGGCGAACUUUUAUCCGAAAGUAAGACAAACAGUCACGGAUUUUCCCUGGUUUUAUUCAGGCUCUCUGGGGACUGACAUUAAACCCUUCCCUUUAUUUAAGCCAGUCCUGAUUUGGGACUAGGUUACUCUGGGUGGUCUUCAAGGCUGUUGCCAGUAGUCUCUCAAGGAACCUGGUGGAGUCAGAUGAGUACUAUGUUAAACUACAGAUUUUAAGGCAAGGAAAUGUUUGAAAACUGUCUGUCAUGGUAUCACACAUAACACAGUCCAGAACUCUUCACCCCAUCCCUCCUGCAGCAGAGGGAAUUAUUUUUUCCAUGUUAACACUGUGAAAUGAAAUAAUUUGUGUCUGAAAUACAGCACAUCUUUCUGCAACACACUGCGUCCAGAUUGCAUCAGUUAACCACUUUCUGAGUUGUUGCAGCAGUUUUAACCAUCAUUUUAAAAAUAGUGUCCAGCAUUUGACUUCACAAGGUGCUGGCAGUGUUCUUAGUAAACCACAGUCUUUUAGAGUAGUGAGCAGUCCCUUUGCUAAAUGAUGCUGAGAAGCUCUGUACUGAACAGAAUCCUUCCAGGGGGAGGACCACUGCACUGGGGUCCCCAGCUGGUGCAGACUGACUGUAUCAGAGCAAUUCUGGUCAAGUAUUCUCUGAUUAAAACAGCCCAAGCUACACAACUGAGAAAUCAAUAUAUUGUGAUCUGAAGUACACUCCUGAGAAGUUUUUGAAGGUUAUAAACAAAACACGAUGAAAUGACAACAAAAAAGCCCGACAGUUCCACUGACAUCUCCUCCCCCUGGAUCCUUUAAUAUUCAAGAACAUUCCUGCAAACUUCACAGAGGGUUUUAUUGCUAUCAAGCUGAUUAGGCCUUAUUUCUCACAUCUCUCCCUACCAGGGACAAGGACAGCUGAGGCAUGCAGGACAGUAGCAUCAAUCCAAACAGCAACAGGUAGAGAGGAGAACCACUGGUGCGUUUCCUGUGAGGGAUUUUGGCUUUUAGGCUGUGACAUGAGGGAUCUGAGUGGCAGUGCCUGUGCUGGCAGCAUUGACAUCCAUUUCAGCCUUUGCUUGGCCUGCUCAGCCCCUACCUGCUCUUGUGGCUUCACAAACUGCAGAGCAUCCCCUUGAGGCACGUGCUAACCUAAAGUUAGCUUCUGGAGAGAGCCACCUGUGCAUGUAUCUGGUGUAAAGGUGCUGACAGUGUCACCUGAUUUGGAGGGGCUUCUUUGGAAAGCUCUUCUUUCCAUGUUGGCCCUUUGCCCUGUGUAGCUCAUGACUUGUGUGGGGAAGGAAACACUGUUCCCAAAUAGCUGUAGACUUGCCAUUUUAAAAAGUAGCUCAUUAGCACCCAUAGUUUUAGAAGUUUCAGGGUUUUUGUGUGGUACCACCUGCAAAGAUCUGAAGCAGAUGUUUCUUGCUUGUGAGUCAAUGCAGAGCCUGAAAGCAUUUCAGCCUCUGAAAUGUAUGUCCUGUGAUGUGUGUAUUCAUGAGCUACUGUCUCAUAGCCGAGUGGGAAAAAGCUUUCUAAGAGUCUAGAUGAGCUAUUUUGUUAUGCUGCCAAAGGGAUCCCUGAAUAAUGGGCAUUUGGGACAGAAAACUGAACGCUUUUUCAUGAUUUGUUUAACCACUGAAAGCAGCAGAGGGGCAGAUCCCUGGAUGGUGUCUAUAGAUUAGCCUGUAAGCAGCCAUGCCAGUCCACACAAACUGAGGGUAGAGCCUUGCCUGUUUUGAAUAUUCUCUCUCCUGAUUUGUAUGGUCUUUUGCAGUGUAAUGACUGCUGAUUUGGAGCUUUAAUUGCAUGUAUUUGACAAAACCAGAAAGGGAGUGAGGUUUAUUAUUGUUUUGAUACAGCCUCAAAAGGAAAAUUUUUACUAGCAUUUUAAUACAGCCCUUUGUAAACACGUAGCUGAGUCCAAUCCUUCUGCUAGUGGAGUCACUGACAGUUUCCUUUGGCUUUAGUAGGAGCUGGACUGGGUUCAGUGUAAGUGACACACUCUAGCAUUACUGAUAACGAGCUAAUGUGUUUUAUAUAUUGACGCUUUUUGCUGGACAGUGCAUUGGCUUUUUAUGAUUUGGUGAUAUAUAAAAAUAAAUUAUUUGAAAAUUCAA